AUGGUUCCCCACGUUCCGCCAUCGUUCCCCACGUCGCCAUCGUUCCCCACUUCGCCAUCGUUCCCCACGUCGCCAUCGUUCCCCUCGUCGCCAUCGUUCCCCCGUCGCCAUCGUUCCCCCGUCGCCAUCGUUCCCCACGUCGCCAUCGUUCUCCCGUCGCCAUCAUUCCCCACGUCGCCAUCGUUCCCCCGUCGCCAUCGUUCCCUACGUUACGCCAACGUGUCCCCCUCGCCAUUGUUCCCCCGGUCUUUCCCCACGUCGCCAUCGUUUCCCACGUCGCCCUCGUUUCCCCCGUCGCCAUCGUUCCCCCCGUCGCCAUCAUCCCCCCCGUCGCCAUCGUUCCCCUGCGUUGCCCUCGCUCCCAACCGCCUGGCCCGUUUCCUUCCGCCGCCCUCGUUUGGGCUCCGCCCCCUCAUUUCCCUCCGCCGCAUAAGUUUCCCCCCUUCGCCCUCGUUCCCCUCCGCCGCGUUUGUUCCUCUCCGCCACUCUCGUUCCUCUCCGCCGCCAUCGUCUCCCUCUUCCCCUUUCGUUUCCCUCUGUCGUGGACAUCCCCCCUCUGCCGCCCUCGUGUCUCUCCGAUCCCCUCCCUUCCCUUCCCUGCUCUCGUUUCCCACCGCCGUUCUCGGGCCUCUUGGUUUCCCUAAUUUCCUCUCUGGAUUUGUGUUUCUUGUUAUGGAGUCGCCCUGUGGCGCUGUUCUGCAGGCGUUAAUUGGCGAGAAACCGGGUCCGCAGAAAAUUCGCUGA